AUGUUUGCCGGUUUUGACAAAGUCUGCGGAAAGGUUGGACUUCGACUAAAUCUCACAAAAACGAUGUUCAUGAGAAACGGAUUUGUUUUGUACGUCCCAUUCACGCUCAACGGAGCGAAUAUCUCCGAAUACUUUCGGGAAAUCAAUCUAAUGAACGACUCAGCUCCAGAGUUGAGCAGAAAGAAACGAACGGCUUGGAGAGCUUUCAAGAGCAUCGAGGAUGUGGUGGAGAGGACAAAGAACACCCGACUCCGUGCCCAUCUUUUCGACUCAGCGGUACUUCCUGCCCUAAAGUAG